GCAGGACAUUGGCAAGGCUCGGACCAGCUCUGUCGGAAUUUUUCAAAGAAUUAAUCCAAAUUCUUGCAAAAACACAGGAAAAAUGCACGCACGAUUUGCGGAUCCCGAGCCCGCGUCUCCGGACAGUGAAGAUGGAAUCGCAGCGGAGUCGCUUGAGGCCAGAAUUGAGGCGUUCAAGCAGAGUCCUCAGAACAUGGCUGCUCUGCAAGAAGUGCUCGAUGAUGUGGUCCUGCGGGCUGAGGCGGAGGCCAACAGGCGAGCAGUUGAGAACCAGAAAUCGCAACAGGGCAAGGAAAAGCGACCGAGUUUCGCUAUACCAGAUUUUAAGAACGGCAAGGUGGUGAAUCGGGCCAGAGGAUUUGUCGUGCGGAUCUUCGAUGCAAUAUGCAAUUGUGCCAACAACAAUGCAGCGGCGGCCACGACGCGAUUCAAACUGAGGAGCAACAGCGGCGGAGGAGGUGGAGCCAGUGGAAACGGCAAGCGGCAGCAGUCCCAGGAUGAGCCGGAAACCCUGGCUCUGACCAAGAAGAAGCCUGCCGGCGAGGGCAAAAAGAAGAAAGGCGUUAGCAUGGCCGAUGAUGUUCAAGCCGGCGUUCGACUGAUGGACUAAGCAAGCAAUAAAGGAUGAUGGCUGAUCCUGCAAUGGAAGAACAUAAUCAAAAUUAUUACCAAUCAUUCCCUAAUCACAAAACUGACAUCCAGCAAUCGUUUCCUGUCAUCCUAGAAUUUACAUGGGUCUUACCCAGAAGCAUUUUCUUUGCUCAAACGUCUAAGCUCUACUUCCAAGUCUUCCUCUGAAGACCAACCAUUAUCGUUCAAGAUUAUAAACUGAGUCUGUCCUUUUGAAAUUGUUUUGCGGAGGCCUUAAGUUUUUAAAAAAAUCUGAUAAUCUUUUGGAGUUUUAAAGUUAAAUUCACAGAAAAAACAGUUUCAAAAUUGUUCCUCUUUCGCUCUCUGCUUUAUAAUUUCAUAAACCUAAAUGUGAUCCCGGAUGGAAAUGAAAAAAAAAAACUAUAAGCACAAACAUCUUCUAGAUUAGUUAGGAAAGGAGAGGGAAGAAUCAUUGUAUAGGAUAUACACUCUCAUACUCUCAGCCAAAGUCAAGGCUAUCCCACGCACAACACAAUCAACGGCAUUACACAAUCCCAAUCGGAAUCAAUGCCUAGCUUAACAACAGGCCUGUCAAUCUCCACCUAAUUAUAACUACGAUAUAUCAAAUUAUAUACCUAUACGUGUAUACCUAGGUGUGUACCACCAACCUAUUUAGAUGUGUGUGUAGUAGUUACAAAAUAUUUCCAAACCAGCUAACAAACGGUUCAAUAUACAAGCAUCAAUGUGUACUGAUUUUAUAUACAAUGUACUAACUACUAUAUACAUGUGGACAUCCUUAGACUCUUAGUUGUGUACACAAACACUUUCUAAACGCAGCACAGGUUUCCUCAAACAUCCUCAUCUAAGUCAUCGUUAAAUUCCACCACACACGCUCUAAUCGGAUAUAUUUUUGUGAGGCCCUUUUUGAGAGAUCUUUAAAGACACUAUUCUAUACCGAAUCCGAAAUUUAUGAAAUGGAAUACGAGAAAUAGCUAACGAGAGAACUUUGUACACACGUACGCAAGGCAACCAUUUUGUAUAAGAUUUUGCAUUUAUUUUGUAACAUUUAGAAUGCAAAGAUAUCCCUUAUUUAAAUGCGUUGCUAUGCCAAUUGAGUAUUUAUAAAUUACAAAAUGUAUAAGUGUGCAUAAUGCGAAUAUAUAAAACUGUUGUAUUUAGUUAACAAUAUCAGCAAUAAAAUGUAACAAUGUUCGAAAUC